CCAUCCCAGGCCUUCCUCUUAUUAUUCGGAUGAAAUACCAGAGCUUGUGUAUUCACUUCAGCACCAGCAAAUCACUAAUCUUUUCAGCUCUGCUUGGACUGAACUGAAUCACCCUUGUUCUUUCCUCUGCUGCGAAAUUCCGUGGAAAAAUUCCGUUCCUGCCUGCCUUGCCUCAACCAGCUGCUCCUUCCUUCCACCUACUUCUGAAUCACCACUUUUGCCUCACAUUUCCCAUACCCACCCUCACACUCACUCACUUUUCUCACCAUCGCUCACCACUCACCAGUCUCUACUCUUUUUUCUGCUUCUUCCACCACACACUUCACACUUCGCACUUCACUCUUUCCACUUUCUUUUUCUGACUGCUCAAUACCGAUCACUUAAUACACUCAUUCUUUCUCUUCAACUUCACACAAAUCAUCACGAUGCGCUUCACUUCGGUCAUCGUUACGGCUGCGGCUGCUUCUGCUGCGGUCAUCGGCCGCCAGGACACUCCCGCCGCUUCGGCUAAGGUCAUCAUUGGCUCUACCAACACCAUCUCUGUCGCCGACUACGAUGGCAAGUCGUUCAACAUCGUGGGCAGUAACACCACCGAGGGAACUGGUCCCAGCUGGAUGGCCUUCAAGGAGCCCAACCUUCUCUACGCUGUCAACGAGAAUGCCUUCAACCUCCGUCUGUUCACUCUUGACACCACCAACAACGACCUCAAGCUCGCUGCUGAGGCUACGGGCGCUGCGGGUGUCGUCUCCAUCGCGUUCAACAAGGACAAGACUCGCCUCGUUGGCGCUUCCUACACCGGUGGCACCGUUGACGUCUGGGAUAUCUCUGACGCCAGCGCUCUUAAGUACAUGAAGAACAUCACUCUCGGUGGCGAGCUUGGUCCCAACAAGGAGCGUCAGACCAAGUCUUUCGCUCACCAGGCCAUUCUUGAUCCCUCUGGUCGCUACUUCGCCAUCUGCGACCUCGGUACUGACUCCAUUUCCAUCAUCGACUCCCAGGAUGACAAGUUCGAGGUUGUGUCUCGCAACAGCGUCUCUAGAGCUGGCUGUGGCCCUCGCCACGGCGCCUGGUACCCUCAGAACGGAGGCACGCCUACUGCCUUCGUUGUCGCCUGUGAGCUCACCAACACCCUCGAGGUCUUUUCUGUCUCUACCACCAACGGCUCUUCCCUCUCCCUUACUCAUACCUCGGAGCUGAGCACCUACGGCGCUGCGUUCCCUCCCGCCAACGCUACCACCGCUGCCGCUGGCGAGAUUAUUAUCUCGGCUGAUGGAAAGCACGCCUACGUCUCCAACCGCAACAGCGGUAAUGCGACCGACUCCAUCUCCCACUUCAAGAUCACUCAGCAGGCCGCCCCCGGUGGCUCCAAGUGCAAGCCCAAGGCCGGUGGCAUCACUCUCGAGUUCGUCGAUCAAAUCUCCUCUGGCGGCAUCAGCCCCCGCAUGUUCAGCUUCUCCAAGGAUGAGAAGACGCUCUUCUCUACCAAUGUGCUCGACACCACGGAUGGUACUGGAGAGGGUGUGUUGGCGCUCAGCCGUGCUGAGGACACUGGCACUUUGACUGCUGUGCCCAUCGCGUCCCUCCCGGUUACGAACUUUCUUUCGGCCGACGUGACAAUGGGUCCUACCUUUAUCCAGCAGAUCGUCUAAGAUCUCAAUGGCGUUACGUGUGCCUUAUCACAGUCUUUCUUUGCGUAUCAAGGGAAUAGUUCCCUUUGGCAGGUUCUCUACGGCAUUGGCUCUGGCGUUACACGGCCCGGCGUUGGAGAGCGGCAACCAUGAGUUGGCUGGUACAGACAUGAACCCGCUUGAUUUUAGGGAGGUUCUUUUCGUUGCAUUAGAUACCAAAGUCACUAGGGUUAGUGACCUCGUUCUUCAAAAGUUUCAACAAUACAGAUUUUUGAUCUGGGAGGGUAACCCUUCUUGCUUGCAU